CGGAUUAUCAUUAGCGGCGUUGUUACUCGACAAUGCUUUUUGCUGCGUGGUCUUUAUCACGGGUUUUUCUUUCUGCUACUCGAAAGAACCAUAGAAAAUUCUAUACAUCCGAGUGCAAUAAUCGCAAUGCGACAGCGCUACCUCAGUCCUUCGACAUAGGCGAUCGAUAGAGCAAAAAAAUUACCCCAGAUUCCCGAGCAAUGUUCCUUCUCAGACCUACCAUCCGCAAUUGUGCAGGCAGGCAUUUAUGUCUAGCCUACCGGACACAAAGACAUUUCAGCCAAUCGAGGCCUGUGGCUAGUCCGGCACCAGGUGCAGCAGAGGCUGAAGUUCAAGCUGCACGGAGAUACUGUGUGGAACUACUUGCAAAAUAUGACCGCCCCUCUUACACCCUCAGCACCUUCAUCCCCCCCAACGCGCACACCUUCUACCUCGCCCUCCGAGCCCUGAACGUCUCUCUCUCCCUAAUCCCUGACACAGUCUCCUCCUACACAAUCGGCCUAAUGCGUCUCCAAUUCUGGCGAGAUACAAUCACAAAAACACUCUCCGGAACACCUCCCAAAGAACCCGUCGCUCUCCUCCUCUCAUCCGCCCUCUCCGACCUGCAUGAGCGAACAAAAGGCCAAGCAAGGGUUAGUAAAGGCUGGCUACUGCGGAUGAUCAACUCGCGAGAACAGGCGUUGACGAAUGAUCCGUAUCCGAAUAUCGCAGCUAUGGAGUCGUACGCGGAGAAUACUUACUCGACGUUGCUUUAUCUCACGCUUUCAGCGCUCCCUAUGACCUCUGUUACGGCGGAUCACGUUGCGUCGCAUAUUGGAAAAGCGGCUGGUAUUGCAAAUAUUUUGCGAGGGUUACCGCUCAUCGCGUUCCCGCCACCGGCUGCUCAGUCGCCCAGUCAGGCUGGUGGGAGUAUUGGAGGCGGAGCGAAGCAGGGCGCCGUCCUCCUUCCUUUGGAUAUCAUGGCGCAAACAGGAGUGAAAGAGGAGGAAGUAUUCAGACAAGGUGCUGAAGCAUCCGGGUUACGAGAUGCCGUUUUUACAGUCGCUACGCGAGCAAACGACCACUUGAUCACUGUGGAACAAAUGUUGAGCAAUCUCCGUGCCGGUCAGGAUGUAGGCCACGAUUUCGAGCACGAGGGUGAGGAAGGGCAUGAGUAUGAUAUUUUCCAGAACCAGCGCCAAGAAUCGCCGCUUGAUGAAGUGAACCGCGCAUUCGGUGUUUUUAUGCCUGCCAUUGGUACUCGGUUAUGGUUGGAUAGGUUACAAAAGUUUGAUUUUGAUAUCUUCAAGCCAGAACUUCUACGGUCCGAUUGGAAGUUGCCGUGGAAGGCUUACUUGGCUUACACGCGGAAGACUUUAUGAAAUAGCCACUGGAUUUGGAUAACGAUUAUGUACUAUUUGUAUCAAUAUUAUACAGUACUGCUAUACACGAUACAUGGAUGGGCAUCAUGAAACUAUUCAAGUGCUUGCCUAGGUCAACAUUCCCC